ACUCCUAUUUUUCCAUUGCUAUAAUUUCGAGAACUAAUUUUGAAACACAAUAAAGCAAAAAAAGAGAAAAAUCGAGAAACCAAAAUCGUUCGCGGAGGCUCCGUCAUUGCGUCCUCGUCUUCUUCUUCCUGCUUCGAUCUCCUCUGCAAAAGGUUCUCAGAGCAUGGGAAACAAGCCUGUGAAACAAGAAAGGGAAGAGAUUCUCUUGAAGGUCGUACCACCUCUUGACCGUGCAUAUGUCCGGUGGCUUGCACGGGAUCUAGAAAUGAUCCAUGGCUUCACUCCAAGGAAACCCCGUGCCAUAAGGCCACCGGAUCACUACAUCGAGUACAUGCGCUUGAAUGGGUGGCUGGAUGUAAACUUGGAUGAUCCUGAUUUAGCACACUUGUUUAAGUAGAUAGAUCAAUUUCGCGGUAGAAAAAUGUUGCAAUAACUGCUGGGUACCCUUUUAAAAGCGCAAUGAGCGCAAUGCUUGGCAUGUUCUGAUGUUAUUUCUUGUUCAAAUGGAUUACGAGUGUUCAUUCA